AUGCAAGAUAUGAAGAAGCUGCAGAAUCAGAAGCAGAAGCAGCUUGUGAAUGAAGAAUCUAAGAAGAAGGAGCGUCACAUUGUCACGUGGACUCAAGAGGAGGAUGAUAUAUUGAGAGAUCAAAUUGGAAUUCAUGGAACUGAAAAUUGGGCGAUAAUUGCUUCUAAGUUCAAUGAUAAAACAACAAGACAGUGCAGAAGAAGAUGGUACACUUAUUUGAAUUCUGAUUUCAAGAAAGGAGGUUGGUCACCAGAUGAAGAUAUGCUCUUAUGUGAGGCACAAAAAAUAUUUGGCAAUAGGUGGACAGAAAUAGCAAAGGUGGUUUCAGGAAGAACGGAUAACGCUGUGAAAAACCGUUUCUCCACAUUGUGCAAAAAGAGAGCUAAAUAUGAAGCCUUAGCAAAAGAGAACAACAUUUCGUACACGAAUUCGAAUAACAAAAGGGUUAUUUACCGAGAUGCAGCAUCAGAUUCUGCAGUAGAUUACAAGAAAAUGAGGAGGUCACAUAUCCCCGAUGAUGCAGAAAGAUCACAUAAACAAAACGAAGCUUCAAGAGCACCAUUGGCAGUUUUAGCUCAAAACUCUCAUAAUAUCAACAACUUGCCUGACCCAAAUGAUGUCUGCAAUGUGAAGUUCGGUGGCUUCGCUCCAAACAACAAGAUUCAAGGAACAUUCCUUAAAAAGGAUGAUCCAAAGAUAAACGCAUUGAUGCAACAAGCCGAGCUUCUAACAUCAUUGGCUCUAAAAGUUGAUGCAGACAACAUGGACCAAAGUCUUGAAAAUGCAUGGAAGAUUCUUCAAGAGUUUAUGAACAGAAACAAAGAAUCAGAUGUUCCUGGAUAUAAGAUUCCCGAUUUACAGCUUGUAGAUCUUAAAGACUUAUUGGAAGACUUAAAGAAUAGUAAUGAGGAAAUUCAACCAUGUUGGAGGUACAUGGAAUUAUAUGAAGACUCUCCAAGCAGUUCUGAAGGAUCAACUAUUCUGCCUCAUUCUGCUGCUGAGAAUUUGGAACACUCGCUACAUCAAGAUAAUGGAACUGAACUGAAUUCAAUACAAAUUGGAGAUCAAAAGGGAGAUGGAGUAUGUGAUCAAGUGGUUCUUUCUAGCGCAACUAUGAAUCAAGAUAUAUUCACAUCUUGUGAGGAACAUAUAAACAAUGAUGGCAUUGGCAUCGUUUCAUCCCUAUCAACUGCAGAGUUUAGUUCUCCUCUUCAAGUUACCCCUAUGUUCAGAUCCUUAACUGCAGCAAUUCCAAGUCCACAAUUUUCAGAAAGUGAGAGGAACUUCCUUAUGAAAACACUUGGAAUGGACUCUCCAUCCCUCGACCCAAUCGCGAACCCCUCGCAACCGCCACUCUGCAAAAGAGCCCUCCUACAAAGUUAA